GUCGACCGCGAGCGUACCUGCGAACCAGCACUGUCAAUCAAUCAACCACUUACGCAAAGACUUUUCCAACACAAAAUCGUCAAUUAAACACCGUCAAGAUGGUUCUCGCAGUCGAUCUCCUCAACCCCACCCCUCAGGCCGAGGCCCGUAAGCACAAGCUGAAGAUGCUUGUCCCCGGCCCUCGCUCCUUCUUCAUGGACGUCAAGUGCCCCGGUUGCUUCACCAUCACCACCGUCUUCUCGCACGCCCAGACCGUCGUUGUCUGCGCCGGUUGCUCCCAGGUCCUUUGCCAGCCCACCGGUGGUAAGGCCCGCCUGACCGAGGGCUGCUCUUUCCGCAGAAAGUAAACGACUCGUUGAACCAAAUGAAAAUGAAAAGAAUGUCAUUGGUUUUCGUAACGAGAAGUGCAUGAUGGACGAGGGUUGGACGGACGCAAAUUAUCAAUCAAGCGGAAUGGAAUCCAAUCAAGAUGCACACACAUACCAACAAUGGUCAGCCGCGCGCAUUGUGGAUAGAAGAGGGAAACGCUCUCGCCCCCAAAAAAAGCAACAUGUUUCAUGACCCAAAC